AUGCGGAGGGCGAUAGGGGCGGUGGCAUCCAAGCUGUCCACUCAGAGUGCGAUGUACUUGCGGCAUAUGCACACCAAUGGACGUGCGCUCGCUCGCGCAACUCCUCGCGUCUCGCGCCGGUUUUAUGCGGGCAAGGCCUCGUUACCAGGCCGCGUUGGACCGCCAUCACAGCCGCCAUCGGCACCCCGACUACAGACGCCGCCGGGGUCGUCUUCGCGGCCUUCGGCACCCACCUCGCUGAAUGCAUUCUCGAAGAGUGUACGCAGUCAUCUCGCGGCCCACCCUUCUCCCUCUUCCAGCGCAGAUGAGCUGUGGGUGGUCGACCGACUCUUCGCCCUCCUCUUGCACCCUGCAAAGGAUACCUACGAGGCAUCGUCCACCACCGCGUUGCCGCCAGCGCUCGAACCGCUCCACCCUCUCCUGUGCGUGCGCGUGCUUCAACGACUCGGGUACGCUGUGUGGGAAUGUGAAGCGGCGGCACAGGCUUGCCCGACGCAGCAUGGCACGGCGGCUCGAAAGAAAGGGUGGACGGUGCGACACACCUACCCCUCUCUGGCAAGCGGCAACGGCGCCAUCGUGCCAUCUGCAGAGUCGCUGUCUUCCUCCCAGUCAGUUGCCUCCGCCAUCUACGCCAACACUGAGCGCGUUGCAGGGGCGGUGCUGGCGCCGCUGAUGCCUCUCCUAGGCGAUGGCACCGCUGCCCAUCCGCCACACUCGCAGGUGCUGCCAGUUCUUCCGCUGAUCGUGGAGUGGCUGUGCACACUGCCCAUUGCUGAUUCAGCCGUGCCGCUGGAUCGUUGGCUGCCUUGGGUAGUCGCGAUCUACACAGAGGAUCAUCACAACCGUCGACCUCCGUCGCAGUCACUGCUGUUGCCGCCGUUGUUGAACCUGCUCCCGCAUCUCCUACGCAAGCUGAGCGUGUACCUCGCAGACUCCACAGUAGCUGAGCAGGAGGCAGCGCAGUGCUCACCGAACAUCUUUUGCGAGCACGGCCUUGCAUCGCUUUUCGCGUUGAGCCUCGCUGGUUCUGCAGGGACCGACAGCGAGCGAGGGGAAUGCGAGUCAAGGGACGACAGCGCGGCGACUGGGAAGGCAACACUAUCGCCGGUGGAUCUCAGUUCUCAUCAGUACUCGAGGCCAAAACUCGCCGAUGUGUUGUGGUGGCACGGCGAGGCACCUCUGCUGCGUCUGGCUGGAGUGCGGCGGGCAUUGAAACAGGCGGGGCAAACGGUGCCGGUUGCCUCAUCCGCUGCUGCUGCCAAAUCUCUCGAUACGCCGGCGACAGCGACCAGCGGCGAGCUUUCCACGCACCUGUUGCACCUGCAGCGGGAUCAGGAGCUCUCGCGCUCGCAUUCGGAACGCGUGCCGCAUGUGACAGUAGCGCUUGGCGAUGACGAUGUCUACCGCCGCUUCCUGCUCCGCCUGGCGGCGCUGCAAAACACCUCCCUUGUCAACGCAGCGGCAUCUGCACCCAGAGAGAUUCUGCCAGCGCUGGUGUCCGUGCGGCUGACAGGUGCGGUUGCACUGGGGGCGACAGAAUCGUCCCGUGGUCAUGCACCUGCUUCACUAAGCGAGGACCCUGACAUGAUUCUGCGCUUCAUCCAGCCUCUACACGAGUACGUUCUCCUGCUCCAGGAGAGCUCUGCGCAGUGGAGCGGCACGGUGGGUCAGACCGCGGCCGCGACGGCGGACUCGACUGCUGGCGCGCCUCCUGUGCAGCUGACCUUUACAGGUGUCGCUCACGUACUCAUGGCUGUCUUUGGCCGCCUUGAGGAGCUUAAGCAGCAGAGCAGCUGUCGAGGUGCAGCUGCCGUCUCGCCAGCGCUGCGAGCGCAGGCGUCUCUCUCUGCGCCUGCCGGCAACUCCGUCACCACCGCCUUCGUGCUUUUACCGCAAAAGGCGCGCAUCCACGCUCUCAAAAGCCUCUGUGAGCUUCUCCUGCGCCAUGUGCGUGCCGUCCAGGCCUCGAAAUCGGCAUCCAGCACCCUCCCCACCGGUGCGGCUCCUGAUUGCGUCCCAUGGUUUGUGGAUGUGGAGUUGUUCCAACAGGAGGCGACUCUGCGCCGGCUGUGUGGCGCGGCGCGUGCGCUGGUGCGGGUGGUGAUGGAAGAGCGCCGCCGCAGCCUUGAUGAGGAAGGCCCGGAGGGCUCAGUGCUAACCGCGUCCUCUGUAGUGGCCGCUCAGCAGCAUCGCGCUUCCGGUGGCGGCCCCGGCACCUCCACGACAAGCACGUCGUCUGCGGCCACCCCGCUAACGUCUACCAUCUCGUUUGAGCGCAUACUGCGGAGCUUGGCCUUCCGCGUAGUGGAGCCGGCGCUGUGGCGGCUGCAUGAAGCGUGCACUGAAGCCCAGACAAGUGUCCCUGUACAUGUCCUGACCUUCGAGGAGUGGCGGUUGUACUUGAGUGUCGCCAACGCUCAUGAGGCAGGGCGAGGCAUUCUCGCAGGCCGCUUGGCCUCCGCAGCGGUCGAGCACGUUGAACAGGUGUACAGCCCCGUCAUGGCGUCUGCCGUCUCCCUGUUUGAUUGUCUCGGUGGCAGGGCUGGCUUGCGCACGGCGCAGCAGGUGCUGCUUCACUCCGGCCAGCAGCCCGUGUCUGCUCUUGUGGAGGGGAUCCGGCUUACAGCGCUGCAGUGUCUGCUGUUUGACGGGCUCCGCAGCGGCGGGCCAUUCUCAUCCACCGCCGCUGCGUCCUCAAACACUCGCGAGGAGGCAGCUGGUUACAUGGACUGGGUUCUGCACCAUCUUUCACAUGCGUUCUUCAGCGUGUGGCAGCGCACGGAGCCACCACCGACUCUGGCCGAUUUGCCCUCCGCGGCAAAUGAGGCAGGGGAGGUUGCCGUGGCUGACCAGCAGCUCCUGCGCCGUCGGCUGGGACUUCUUGCACUGCUGUUGCAUGCACGCGUGUUGAGUGCACGGGAGCUGCUGCGUCGAGACCCAGCCCUGCUACCCGGCACCACUCCAUCGAGGCCGACCAUGAAUGCGAAUCCGACGCGCACGCGGAGGUGGGUUGGCGACGUCCCUUCCUCGCUCGACUCGUUGCUGCAUUGCAUGACGAAGGAUAGCGCCGCUCUACCCAUCAGCGGCGACGCGAGGGAUGAGUGGUCGCUGGUGCUAUCUGCCGCGACACUCCGGGUGUGUGUUAUGCCGCCGCUGCCGGCUGGCUGCACCGCUCUCUGGGAGCUUGCUGAGAUGCUUCAGGACCUGGGCAACGGCUCGACAAAGGCAGAGGAGACGUUGGAGCCCCCUGCCGCCGUGACGGAGUGGGUGUGGCUGGGCAGCCCUGAGGCCCUCUAUGAGGCAGUCGACGCAUCGCUGCUGAAGGACGGCGGCAGCGACCCCGCUGGUGGAGUCUCCCUGCGCCACGGAUACUACCUGUUGCCCUGGACCACUCUCGCCCACAGUCAUCAACCGUGGCGCGUGUACGAUGAAAGCGGACAAGCGCGUCGCGCAGCCAAAGAAUGGGAGGCGAUGCUGCAGUCGUGGCUGACAGGCUCGUCGUCCAUAGACGGCGGCAAGUGGAUUCCAAGCCGACGGCGCCAGCAGCCCGUUGUGCGGCUAGUCAGCCUGAGAGAGGAGGUCUGUUUCUUCACCUGUAUGCAGCAAGUGUCGACCUUGCAUCUCAACGCGGAUGUGCGUGUGGUGCGCGGCGAUGUGCAGAGGGAGGAGAGGGAGGUGGCUCCUACGGUUCGCCGAGUAUUGACCGCGUCGCAGGCGGCCAGGAUAGCUGCGUCGUCGGCGGCCGUGGGGGAGAGUGCUGGCUGGUAUGACGAGGAGGAUUACGACGGGCUGGAUUGA